AUGUCGACUGCCGAACUUGCCUCGUCGUACGCGGCGCUCAUCCUCGCCGAUGACGGUGUUGAGAUCACUGCCGACAAGCUACAAACCCUGAUCAAGGCUGCCAAGAUCGUUGAUGUCGAGCCCAUCUGGACACAACUCUUCGCCAAGGCUCUCGAGGGCAAGGACGUAAAGGACCUGCUAUCGAACGUUGGCUCCGGCGGUGCCGCCGCUGCUGGUGGCCCUGCUGCUGCCGCCGGUGGCGCUGGUGGUGCCGCUGAGGAGGCCAAGGAAGAGGAGAAGGAAGAGGAGAAGGAAGAGUCGGACGAGGACAUGGGCUUCGGUCUUUUCGAUUAA